GCGGCUCACAGGACCGCCCUGGGGCGCACCAACCGACACGCCAUCAGCACCGGGGCGAUCCCCACUGCAGUGCCAGUGGCGAUGCCCGCGCUGCCCUCACGGGGCCUCUUCGGCGGGAUGUUCCAGCAGCCCGAGUACGGCGCCCCCCCGGUUGCGCACUUCGGCCAGGCUGGCUGGCGCCAGCGGAGUCCGCAUAUCAGUCAGAGGCGGCCCAGGGACACGCUGAGCCGGUGCUGGUGCCCGCGGGCUUCGCGCCUGCGCCAGUCAGAGUGCUGCCGCCGUCGCCAGCCUUCUCCAGAGCCCACGCGACGCCGGACAUGGCGUUCUCGCCGGAAGCGCCUGGGCCUGUGCGCGCACUUGGUGGGCACAGCGGCUGGGUGGUCGAGGAGGUCAUAGACUUCGAGGACGUGCAGGAGUUUUACGGCGAGGACUUGGAAUUCCCCGACUGCGCGGUCCAUCCUGCCAUCUCCGAGGAGUGCGGCGUGCCACGCAUCCGCGAGUGCCUCCGCGACGGCCUCGCCGAGGCGCGCUGCCUGCCGGGCGGCCUCCUCGGGCGCUGCUACGAGAUGUGCACCGUGUGGGAGGACGUGGAAGAGGAGUCGUAGGAGUAGAUGGUUCAUUCUUCUCCUUCUCCUUUCGGAGUGGCCAUCGAUAGUGGAGCCUGAUAAAAACCAGCAGUUCAUCACAAGGAUUCAUUUCCUGUCAUCUCGUCCAUCUCGUCUCACCUCUCUGGCGACUCAUUGCCUUGCCGUGCGGUGUGCGUCCCCACUGGCGCGGUGCACGUGUCUGCGCUCGCAUGAAGGCGACCAUGCAGUCUUUCUCUAUCUCUUUCUCUCUCUCUCUCUCUCUUUUUUUUUUUUCUCUCUCUCUCUCUCUUUCCUCCUCCCUUUCCCUCUCCCUCUCCCAUUGCUCGUGGACCUCCUCGUUCUUUACACUCUGGCGCCUGGCAUGGCCGCCGAUGGCCCUCCCAUGCCCGCGCUGUCGGGGACGCAGCGCUCGAUGCCCGCCAGGGUGUCUGCAGGGCUCCAGAAAGG